CCCGCCCCCGCCCCCACGCCCGACGGCAAGGCCAGCCCCGCCGCCGCGCCCGGACCCCUGGGGCCCGCCAACGCCAGGGGGGAUGCGCCGGAUCGGCGGGCCUCCGUGCCAGCGUCCGCCCCCGGCGCGACGACCCCCCCCGAGGGUGCCAUGUCCAACGGGGUCUACGUGCUGCCCAGCGCGGCCAACGGCGAAGUGAAGCCCGUGGUGUCCAGCACGCCGCUCGUCGACUUCCUCAUGCAGCUCGAGGACUACACGCCUACGAUCCCCGAUGCCGUGACUGGCUACUACCUGAACCGGGCCGGCUUCGAGGCCUCCGACCCCCGCAUCAUUCGGCUCAUCUCACUGGCCGCGCAAAAGUUCAUCUCGGACAUCGCCAACGACGCGCUGCAGCACUGCAAGAUGAAGGGCACCGCGUCGGGCAGCUCCCGGAGCAAGAGCAAGGACCGGAAAUACACGCUGACCAUGGAGGAUCUGACCCCGGUGCUCGGGGAGUACGGCAUCAACGUCAAGAAGCCGCACUAUUUCACUUGAGAGCGGCCUUCCCCCCACUCUGCCCCCACCCCGUGACCCCCUUCCGCCCUCAUCCCCACCACCGCCGCGUUUUCAUAAUAAAAAUUUUAUUGUGACUGA